AUGAUCACCGAACGAGACGUUUUGAACUCGCAGCUGAUGAAAAAGACGGAGGAGGUGGAAGCGGCCAAUAAGAAAAUUGAGUCGUUGCAAGACUCCCUUCAAAACGGAGAGACGCAAUACACCAUGCGCCUCGACGACAUACGACUUCUAAAACUCGAAGUUGUUAAACUAAGAUCGGAGAAAACAGCUUUGCGGAGGAGUUUGGCGAGUCUGGCCGACUCGAGACAGCAUAUUUUCAACCUGGAGCGAGAUCUAGCAAAAGAAAGAGUCAAGUGUCGAGCUUUGGAGGAGGAACUGCAAAAUCCCCUUAACAUUCAUCGAUGGAGAAAGCUAGAGGGCUCAGAUCCAGAGUGUUAUCAGCUGAUCAACAAGAUGCAGCUGCUCCAGAAACGAGUGCUCUCGAAAACGUCGGAAGUGGUCGAGAAGGAGGAGCAACUCAAGGAGGCGGAGGAGUUGUACGCCGACUUGAAAACCAUGCUCUCAAGACGGCCGCCUCCUGACCUCCAGGACAAGUUCAAAGCCGUCCAACUCCAAAUCCAGCAGAAGAAUCGGAAAAUCCAGGCUUUGACGGGUCAGUUGGAAGCAGCAGAGGCUCAGGCGUCAGAAUACAAAGUGGAAGUUGAGCGAUGUCGUAUUGAGCUCGAUUCGUUUAAAAAAAAGUACUAUCAGCAAAAACACAACAUCGGGAAGCUGCGCCAGAAAAGUAUGGACGACUCAUCCUCGGCGCUAUCGACGAAUCUUGCGGAAAAAUUGAGGCACGAGUUGGAGAAACCCAAGUCUUCCAGAGGAGCCAAAAUAGCCGGAGGAGGGUUCAGUAUGAUCCUCACUCCACCUCGCACUGUUAAUAAGUCUUCCACUAUAAGUAGGAUAAAAUGA